UGGUCACCAACACAAUCCAUUUCUCAUUUGUCACUUGUGGCCUCAUCUUCCUAUAAAGUUUACACUUCCCUUUCCUAAUUCCAUUAAUCUAAUCACAAAGAGCUUCAAUCUUCACAUUGCACAAGCAGUUUUUAGAGAACCAAUGGCAUACGGAGGUCUGGCAAUGAGUUUGGCUCUGAUCCUAGUGAGUAUGCUAUGGUCAGGAGCUAUGGCUCAGUCUUCCAGUUGUACAAAUGUCUUAAUAAGCAUGUCACCGUGCCUGAAUUAUAUCACAGGGAACUCCUCAACUCCAUCUUCACAAUGUUGCACACAGCUUUCUAGUGUUGUUCGCUCGUCGCCACAGUGCUUGUGUGAAGUUCUAAAUGGUGGUGGCUCUUCACUUGGGAUUAACAUCAACCAAACCCAGGCUUUAGCCUUACCUGGAGCUUGCAAUGUUCAGACUCCACCCCUCAGCCGCUGCAACGCUGCUUCUCCGGCCGACUCUCCUGCAGGAACAGCAGAAGUUCCAACUACUAACCCAGGAUCUAAAACUGUACCUUCAACAGAAGUAGAUGGCACAUCGGAUGGAAGCUCCAUCAAGUUGUCCAUGACAAUGCUUGCAUUUCUGCUCUUUGCCGCAUCAUAUAGUUCAAUUUUCAUAACAUACUGAUUUUCUCUAUUUACAGUUGCCUUAUAUUAUUGUAUUUUAUAGAAUUAUUCUUGAUUUCUCUUUGGUUGAGGGCUUAUGUAUUAUUUAUUUUACAUGACCUCUUAUGGGGUUGGUGUAGUUUUGUAUUACUGAAGAGACUUCUUGCUCUCUUCCUUUCCCACUCAAUAAAAAUAAUUUCUAGCCUGUUCGUAUC